UGUUUCUGAUGGGGCACAUUGCGAUAUGCUCAGGUCUUCUUCAGCUGUUAACUUAAUUUGCGCCAAUAAUUUUGCAGCUACGUUUGAAUCAUUCCGAAGAUUGUCUAAGCUGUUUCGGUUUCAAAUAUUGAAAGAUUUAAAUCAGCUGAUUUGUGCUGCUUUUCCAAUGCAGAGUGACGACUCGCUGCUUUCGUCCGAUGGGGACGAAUCGUACGAUUACACCACCGAGGAUGACGACGGUCCGAUGAGUUUCGAACUCAGCAGCAUCUACCAGCCCGACAGCGAUCCGGGUGGCCAGCAGGUGACGAUCAAUCAAUACGCCCAAAGCAUCGUGGAUUUUAGUUCCCAAUACGGGAGCGACACAAGCAUUUCCUACACCGCGUACAAUGUUGCUGGGAAACCCUCUAAGUACCCCGACUAUGGAGAUUUCCCGGAAACAUUCGCUUUCCGAUCUUAUGGCCCCUGGUGGCACGAGGCGUCCUCCGCACGGGACGAAUUUGCAACCCAAAACUUCGACAGACGCUGCGUUGUGGAUGAUUUCCUUCUGGCGCGCUUCGAGGACCAGGUUUAUCCGGACAAGAUAAAGGUUUUCGAGACGUACAAUCCGGGGGCGAUUGUCCGCAUCUGGGCGUAUCUGACGACGACAAAGCGAUGGCUGUGUCUGUGGGACGCCUGCGAAUCACCUCCGCAACCGUUCGAACCAAACAAAGCCCGUUGUUUUAGCCCGGAUCUCAAGCCGUGUCCCAGCCCGACGCGCUACAUUCGGCUCGAGUUCAACCAGAGAGGGUUGGCGUAUUUUACCCAGAUCGAUGCAAUCAUGCUGACAGGGCGAAAGUGUGUUCCAUCCUCGACGGAAAAUAGUGCCGGGCAAGACCCUAACAAUGUGAUUUUUGAAUCAAUCGAGACACUAUCAUCAGAUGACGAAACUAUCGAAGAGAUUGAAUUAACACUAGACAAGCUGCCUUAUGAGUCUAUCUUCAAAAUUUUGUCCUUCCUUGAUUGGGUAUCGUUAUAUCGUUGUGGUGCCGUUUGUCGAAGAUUCCAACAGAUCGUGGCGAACGAUCCCCUGUUAUACACAGAGAUUAAUCUACGACCCUAUUGGAACUGUGCGUCGGAUUCCCUGUUGAGUUCUUUGAGUAAACGGUGUGCCCUCAUCAAGAAACUCGAUCUGUCGUGGUGUGGAACGUUAAAAUUGAUCUCAUUCGGCGCGUUCAAAGACUUUAUUACCGAACACGGUAAAAAACUAACCCACCUCCGGCUGGACACAUGUAAGUUCAUCACCAAUGGCUUCUGUCUGGAAACCAUCGGGACAUAUUGCGGGCAGAACCUGCGCGAACUCACACUCCAAAACUACAUCCCAGAGGAGGAAGAUUUCACCGGGUUACAUACAUUCACGAAUCUCGAACGACUCGAUCUCAGCAGAACCACUAUCAAGCAAGAAUCGCUCAUGAUAGUGCUUGCAAACAAUGCGAACCUUCGUCAUCUGAACUUGUCGUUGUGCUCGAUAGAUGUCAACCUUGACGAAGUAGCUGUGCAGAUCGCGAAACACAACCCCAAACUGGUUUCCCUAGAUCUGUGGAAAUCCCAUCAGCUGACCUCCCACGGACUGACAGCACUCAGCCAGUGUACACUGCUGGAGGAAAUCGAAUUGGGCUGGUGCCUCCGACAGGAACCUUCCCCCGGUGAAUCACUGCGACUGCUGGUGAAGUCCUGUCCGCGACUCAAGAAACUUUUUCUGGCGGCAAGCCGUGGCCUUAACGAUCGCGAUCUGCUGGAAAUUGCCCAUCGCUGCCCCAAUCUGGAGCAGCUGGACGUUAUGGGGAGUGUGUUUAUCUCGACGGAGAUGUGCUAUCGAGUGCUGUGCAGCUGCACAAAGCUGAAAAUGCUCGAUCUAAGUUUCUGUGAUAAUUUGGACAGUACGCAGGUGGCACUGUGGCAGGUGUGCUUCGAUGUGAAUAUCAAGCGGAGCAGGACGAACUUCCGCCCGAAUCAAUGGGGUUUGCCCGAUUAGGUGGUGUUCGGGGAUUCGUGUCCUGUACUAAAUGCUUUCGACAGAAGUGACAGAGAAAUGCAUCCUGCACUGUGCCAUUCCGCAGUAUUUGAAGAGAUAUAUUCAUAUUUAUAUACUUCGAUCUACAAGUAUUAUAUUCGUAGCUAUAGAUCAAAAAUGAAUUAAAUGACUA